GCUUUCCCCAACGAAUAAUAAUAUAAAAGAAAGCUGUUCAAUCCAUGCAAGCACACGAUGACAUUGUCAAGGCUAUUCUAAGCUCCUUGCCGACUUCCGGCUCUGGAGAUCAGGACGGACUGCCUAGCCUCGAGCAAGCCAUAUACCAGGCGGAAAACUUCAUUCGAGCAAUUGAUUGGUCGCAGCCUUGGCUCAUUGCACUGGUUGCAUUCCAUGUCACUUCGUUCUUGACUCUCAUUCUGUCUCGAAAUAAGCACGACCUGCUCUCCGGGCUGCUCUUUUUCUUCAUCUUCCUGGCCUGCCUCUCGCAGCCUUUGAACGGAUUCUUGUCGAGCAACUGGGAGCAUUUUGCAUCGGCAAACUAUUUCGACCAGUCCGGCUUGUUCCUCGCCACUGUCUAUUCACUACCACUGAUCCUCAACUGUAUAUUAGCACUGGUGCUUGUUCUUCGAGCAACAUGCACAAUGCUUGUUAGUGUCAAGCGCAAGCAGCUGGAACGACAAUUAAAGGCAAAGAAAAGUGCAAAAAAGAAUGACUGA